AUGGCUUCUCCGGCGGGAGCAGUGCGAGUAGCGAUCCUGGGUUGCGGCUCUAUGGGCACAUCUCUACUGCAAGGAUUCCUGCGGAAGCGUACGACUCCAGUAAGCUUAUCACUUCAACUGGCCGCAUGCACUCGAACGCAACAAUCCUUCGACCGCCUGCGCGCAACUCUAGGCAACGACAGUAAGGCCAUCGAUCUUGGAUUUGGGAAUCAUGCGAAAGACAUGGCCGAGAGUGCAGAUGUGAUUGUGCUGGGCUGCCGGAAAGAAGACCUCUCCGCAGCGCUGAACACUGUCCAACCAGGCCGCUCAUAUGCGAACAAAACAAUCGUCAGUCUCAUGGCCGGCUUCUCUUCCGCUGAGCUUCAGCAGGCGCUCACUGAAAGCGGUGCUCCAGCAGAAACGGCAAUCGUACGAGUCAUACCCAGCUUCGCAGCACGCACAUGCACAUCCGUCUCCUUGCUCGCAAGCCCGGCCGCGGUGAGCCAGAGGAGAAUCGACAUCGUGACACAGAUCUUCGAGCAAGUAGGCUCAGUGCUUCAGGUGGACGAGGAUCUCUUGACGAAGGGAGUCGCAAUCGGAUCAGCAUGUCAUGCCCUUGCAGUCACGGCUGUGGAUUCCAUGACCGAUGCCGGGGUUUGCGAAGGCAUCCCGAGAUCGACAGCUGCUGCGCUUGCUGCGCAGUUUCUCCGAAGUGCUGCUGGACUGAUGGCUGACGGGAUGUCGCCGGAGGAGCUGAAGUCUGCACUGUCAACGCCGAAGGGUAUCACAUUGAAUGCAGUAGCGGAGCUUGAUAGGGGAGGAACGCGGAGAGCAGUCAUCGAUGCUGGAAGAGGUGCGGUAAAGUACGCGGAAUCGAUGUAG